AUGUCAACAUUUGUGUCAUUCAACGAGAGUUUUUGCGAUUCGGAAAACUGCAAACUGUCAAAAGGAUGGACGAGACGAGAUAUUUGCGAGUACAUCAAAUGCAACCCAGAUGCUUGUGAGGGCGGCGGUUAUCUUUUAUGGUCGCAAUACGUCGAAUGCCCUGAGAGUACGGCAGCAAGGGUUAUUCUAAUAAUCGUCGGCGUCUCUUAUAUGCUCGUCCUCUUUGUGAUGCUCAGCUCAGCAGCCGAUGACUUUUUUUCGCCGUCGAUUUCAUCGAUCGUCGCCCACUUGAAAAUCAGUGAAAGUGUUGCGGGGGUUACAUUCAUGGCGUUCGGAAAUGGAGCACCGGACGUUUUCGGAUCAGUUGCUUCGGUAUUGAGCAGUCCGAUUCCAAAAGCUGAUUUGGCUCUCGGAGAGUUGCUAGGUGGUGCAUUGUUCGUCACAACUAUGGUGGUGUCCACGAUUGUUCUCACAAGCCCAUUUGAUGUCGAGAUUAUAAGCACAUUUCGAGACUUGACGUUCUUCAUCAUAGCUCUCGCAUUCCUUUCUGUCUGUUUCAUUCUAUUCGAUCAUGUCGAAAUAUGGAUGCCUUUGAUAUUUCUUGGUUUGUACGUCAUCUAUGUGGCUACCGUCAUCGUCAUCGAGAUUCUUCAUCGUCGUCGACACAUUCCGCGACAUAUGAGCAGUGUUCGUUCUCGACAUAGUGUCGCACCGAUCCAUCGGAUGACUAUUAAUAAUGUUCCCGAAAUUCAAGUUAUUACAAAUGCAAUUGAUAAAUUAAAGGAGCAUGUCGAUGAAAAAGUGCAGCAACAGAAGAAGAGGCCGUCGUUUUUUGUUAGUGUCGACGACAUUUUCAACGGAAUCCAUCCGCAUGCAGGCUCGUUUCUUCCUGAUACAAUCGACGAAGGAGAAGAAGCUGAAGAUGAAGAGUUUGUGGUUUUGCAUAAUCAUGUAUUUCAAGGGCACGAAGCUCGAAGUCGAGCACAAAGUGAAGCUCCAAAACCUCGAAAAUUGAAUAAUUGGAGGAAUUUUGGCCUUCUAAUUGACGUUUGGGAGCAUUUGAAGCCGUAUCCAGAAUAUGACGAGUUUUUAGAAAUGAACAUUUUCUCGAAAGUUAUUACUAUCAUUAACGUUAUUCCGAUGUUGUUCUUCAAAUUGACAAUUCCUUUGAACGAAUUGAGCUGGUGCAAACCAUUGGCUCUCAUUCAUUGUGUUAUAUGCCCGCUUUUUUUAGUUUUCUCCGUUAAAGUUCUUACAGUUUCAAUAUUCCCUGGAAGUCCAGGAAUAUGGAUGUACGCUCUCAUAUUUUCUGCGGUUAUCUUUACAUUGGUAGCCGUUUUCACAAAACUUGGGGUUCAACCGCUCUACUACAAGGAGAUAUAUUCAUACAUCGGAUUUUUAAUGUCAAUUUCAUGGAUUUAUUUGAUUUCGUCAGAAGUUGUUAACGUUGUCACAAUGUUAGGAAUAGUUUCCAGAAUAUCAAGUGAAGUUCUCGGUCUCACAAUAAUGGCAUGGAGCAACAGUAUAGCCGACCUAAUUUCUGAUGUUUCUGUCGUAAAGCAGGGAUAUCCUCGAAUGGCUUUAGCUGCCGCUAUUGGCGGCCCACUAUUCAAUCUCCUCAUGGGAUUCGGAUUACCGUUUACAAUUGCGAAACUUCAAGGAAAAUACAUUUCGAUGAUCAUCAACCCGACCUACCGUCUUUUGAUGUUAUUUGUGGGAAUCUCCUUAUUAGUCACGUUCAUAGGGAUAAUAAUUCAAAGAUUUCGACUUACCCGCCCGCAUUCAAUAAUUCUCAUAACGGUCUAUAUUUCUUUUGUUAUAUUUUUAAUUCUAGAAGCAACUGAUGUUCUCGUCUGGAACUAA